AUGUCCGUUUCAGUCUCUCCACCGUCUCCACUUCUGCGCCUUCCUCGCGAACUGCGCGAUCAAAUAUACACUUACACUUUCGACGAUUCGGAGCCCUUUGUUAAAAAUCGAGUUGCGAUCACGACAUCAAGCAAAAUCGCGCUCUUCCACGACCUUCCAGCCUCGUGUCAAGCCAAUCGCCAACUGUUCAACGAAGCCACGCCAAUUUUCCUUGCUCAGAACCUGUUUUCAUGGAACACUCAAGAGUCGAAGCAGCUCCUGGACCUGUAUUCUUAUCUUCCUGAAGAUGCAGCAUCCAAGCGCGUCAAGGAUAUCUCAAUAUACAACUGGACCGAGCAAGGCACUCCCACGCACCUGGAACUGAUUUCCAAAUUCACCCAGCUCGAGUUCGUCGAAAUCAUCUUCAGUUUUCCCAGCAUUGAAGAUGGCGUGCGCAUGGAGAGGUUCGAUUACACCAACGAGCAAGAGUGCUAUUGGGAAAAUGGCUUGCACUACGAUCUUCCCGAAGGUCGCAGCCUUGAGGAAGAGAAGGUGAGUCUUGUGCAAGACUUGCAGACAUUUGUCGCGAAGUAUGGUCUUGAUCGCAUCAUCGAAAUGCCCAAGCUCCACAGUAUGCAGUUCCGAUUUGCAACGAAUCAGGGCUGCGAACAUGCAUUUGGCGGCAACCAAGAGUAUAGGCAUCGCUUAUGCAAUCCGUUGUGGAGGUGGGCUACGAAAAAGUUGGAGGAGAGAUGGGGAGCUGAUAAGUUUUCCGUCACGACUACGAUGCCAGAGGACUAUGAUCGUGUGAACAGGCCUACCUACACCCCAACACAAACAUACGCCUCCGCCCACAUCGACCGACAAUCCGACCCAACGCCCGUAUUCCACUUCACAAGGUCCGCCAAACUAAUCCCAUUCCACCUCGUAAUAGUAUCGCAUAUCUCACUAUUCUUCACGAAAUCAAACUUCUUGCAGCUGCUCGUCAUACCCGCCUGAAUCGGGCUCUGCGUCUGCACUCCACUCGGUGCUUUCGAGGACCUAUGUAUCUGAGGGAUCCAUGGAAGGUCUUGCGCAUACCUCGAG